CGCCCGUUUCGUGUGCUGGGUAUAGAAUCAUCGGCAGAUGAUUCGGCAGCUGCGAUCGUUUCGUCGGAUCGAACAAUACUGGCAAACAUAGUGGAGAAACAACACCACAUUCAUGCUAGUUCUGGUGGUAUCCAUCCCAUCAAAGCUCAGGACAGUCAUGCCGUUGGGGUACCUGUAGCCAUAGGUCGGGCAUUGAACGAGGCAAAGAUGAGCAUGGAUGACAUCGAUGCGAUUGCCGAUAUACCUUCAGGUCCGGGCAUGUUUGGCUGUCUGUCCGUCGGGGUGCAUGCGGCCAGAGCGAUCGCAGUCGCAAAUAAUAAACCGCUGGUUGGCGUACAUCACAUGCAAGCACAUGCUUUGACACCGCUGCUCACGGAAACGGAACCGCCGCAAUUUCCCCUUCUAAACCUCUUGGUAUCCGGCGGUCACACCAUGCUAGUCUUAACGACAGAGACCAAACCUUACGACUACAAGUACGAGAUCCUCGCCAACACGAUGGAUGACUCGAUUGGGGAUGCAUUCGACAAGACUGCCAAGCUGCUGCAAAUCCCUUGGUUGGAUGACCAGGGCCCGGGGCCAUCACUAGAGGCGUACGCUCAGCCGGAUCCGACAAAUCGCGUCUACGACAAGAUACCUCCUCUCAGACUACCAGUGCCAAAAGAGCUUGCGUUUUCCUACGCCGGACUCAAGACAAAGGUUGUUAAAGAGACUGCGAAGCUGUUUCCGAACCUGCAAAAGCCGAUCCCACAGGAAAUCGCUCGAGCGAUGGCGAGGAGGUUCCAAGAGGCGGCAGUACAACAUGCGAUCGACAAGGUCAACAUGGCUCUAGAUCGACUUGAGGGAAAGGGAGAACAUGGCCGGUCAGACCCGGUCAUUGUUCGAUCGGUUGUCGCCAGUGGCGGGGUGGCCUGUAACGCUUAUCUCAGGACGAGACUCCAACAGACAUUGGCUGAGCGGAGCCCGGGCACUGGCUUGCCACUGUACUUUCCGCCCGUCGCACUUUGCACCGAUAAUGCAGCCAUGAUCGCUUGGGCAGGCGUACUUAGGUUACAAGCGAGGGAUGGGCGAGGAGAUGAAUUGGAUGAGCCGAUCAUGAAAAAGUGGCCCAUA